AUGCUCAAGUUGUCGACGCUGCCAAGCCGGGCCGCCUACAGCCCGCUCAUCCCGUCGCCUCUGAACCCAGAUGUCGACGUCGUCGCACCUCAACGGCACCAGAGGCUGCGGGAGAAGAGAAGGUUGCAGGGCCGCGGGGACGUGAGCCCGACACAGAGACUACUACGUCACAAGGCUGCCAUGGCAUGGAAGUCGGAGGCCUUGACGAGGGAAAGCAGGAUAUAUACCAGGGAGGAGAUUCUCAGCAUCAUCGCCGACUGCGACACCCAGGACGCCGCGGCGAGAACGGCAGUCAUCAUGCCCGACCUCAAGAAAAAGAAGCAGCCUCAAGUACACAUCCGCGCAGCACACUGGAAGGAGACGGACAGCGAGGAGGACGAUUUCUUUUGCGAAUUGGACGACCUGCUCGGCGUCGACACAUCAGAUGGGAGCCCGCAGCAGUGGCCGACACUUGUCCCAAAGCUUCGCAGCCCCUUCUCCAAAGACACGGCGAGGCGAGUCGCCCUGGCAAUUGGGCUGAUGUGCAUCUGCGGUUGCUUGCCAGUGCUUCGAGCACACGGCUUCCACAUAUACCAGGGUUCCGAGGCACCUUAG